AUGUCUAUCAAGUACACCGGAGUCAUCAAAGGUAAAGGUAUAACUAGUCAAUGGUUACAGCUUAUCAAAAAUGAGAAAAGGAUCUUGAAGUGGGCUAAGACUUCAGAAGUGUAUGAAGCCCUUAAGAGAAAAGAUCUGGUGGAAGCAAACUUGAGAGGAAGAGCUCUCUUUCCUAUUCUCCAGUCCAGAAGAGCCAAGUUCAAUCUCAUUGAGAGAGGUGCUGAAGCAGAAGCAAAAGCCUUGAAAAGAUUGGACGAGAUCAUGGAAGACUAUAUCUCAGUGGUUACAUGGUACGUUGAUGGAGCAAGUUGCUCAGGAGAUAGCCCAUUCGGUAGUGCCUCAGAUGAAGAUGAACGAAUGGACCUAUCUAACGAUGCUGCUGCAGAUAAAGAUGAGCAAGCUACUACUCAUCAUAUUGAACUUGGAAGUUUUUCUGCUGAAGAAAAUCGUCUAAUGGCUCAACCCUCUGUUGAGCAAGCCGAGGAACCUAUUCAAACGAACCCAUCUAGAGAAGAAGAAGAAGUUAUUCAAGAGCCUGUUCAAGCUCUUGAAAAUGAUGCUGAUCAAGAGCCUGUUCAAGCUCUUAUAUCGAAAGAAAGAGAAGUUGUUGAAGAGCCUGUUCAAGCUCUUGUAACUCAAGAAGAAGAAGAAGAAGAAGAAUCCCCUGCUAUCAGAACAAAGGGAUCUCAAGAAAAAGAGGCUGAAGUCAGGAACUUGCUCGAAAAGAUUAACAGGGCAGAGAAGGAGUUGGAAGAAGAAGAACAAAAUAAAUCUGAUAGUGAAUCAGAAAAGGAUGAACAUGAGCAAUCCAUGCAAAUUCAUACCAACUUCAGUCCAAUUCAGAUCAUUGCAGCAGAUUCACAAGAUAAUUCAUCUAAUGAAAUCUUCAGCUGA